AUGUCUGAUAGUGCUCCUAUGCCAACACCGCUGCCAAUUCAGCUCGAUAAAGUCCCUGGAGGAGAUAAGAUCUUCUCAGACCUGACCUACUUCCGCAGUCUAGCAGGCAAGCUCCAGUACCUGACCUUAACAAAACCAGACAUCCAGUUUGCGGUCAAUUACGUAUGCCAGAAGAUGCACUCUCCUACUGUCACCGAUUUCUCCAAUCUGAAGAGAAUCCUUCGGUACUUAAAAGGAACAUGCCGUCUUGGCUUGAACAUCAACGCUAAGACAAGAUUCCUUUUGUAUGGCUUCAGUGACAGCGAUUGGGCCGGCUGUAAAGAAACACGCCGCUCCACUGGUGGUCUCUGCACCUUCCUCGGUUCAAACAUCAUCUCUUGGUCUGCAAAACGGCAUCCAACCGUCACGGUCGUCGACAGAAGCGGAGUUUCAAACACUGUCUAUCACUGCAACUGA